UUUCGGUCAGAUUUUGAAUGAACAACUCUGGCCUGUCAUAUUGUCCUUUAUCUUUCUUCUUUGUUUAAUUCAUCCCUGAUCGCAGAAGGAUAUAUACAGAUUUAUUCGGCAAGAGAAAAACGACGAAAAAAAAUUAGCCAUGGGCAAGACAAAGCCGAGCAAUAAAAAGUCUCCAAAGUCCCGCGAAAAGUCCGUUCUCAGCGCCGGAGCUUCACUACAGUCGAAACAAAAGCUGAACGAGGACCCCGCCACUCUACUCGACCAGGCGACCGUUCUCCUUCAGACUGGUCAGGCCGAGGCUGCUCUUCCUUUAGUCGAGCGAGCACUGAAUCUUGUGCCCGCCAAUUCGCCCAAUGCCCUUUCAGCUCUGAAUUUGAUCGGGGAGGUGAACGUUGAACUGGGAGAGAUUGAUGCGGCGCGACAAUACUUCAAGCUCGCGGUGGAUAUAGAUCCUGAGGGAAAGAUACCUGAAUCACAAGGCGGCGGAGCAGAGAAAUUUCUAUGGCUUGCUCAACUGAGCGAAGAAGGUGGAAAGGACAGUGUUCGGUGGUACGAAAGAGGUGUCUCCGCUCUCAGACAGAUUAUCCAGUCGUUAGAGCAGAGCGGUAAAGCGGAGGAAAUUGCUCUGGCCGAAGAGAAGAAGCGGAAGUUGGCAAAUGCCCUCUGUGCUGUUGUGGAAAUCUACAUGACUGAUCUUUCGUGGGAAGAUGACGCAGAGAGCAGAUCUGAGUCGCUCGUAACCGAGGCCCUCUUCGUCGCUCCAGAGGCACCGGAGUGUCUACAGACUCUGGCAUCCGUUCGGAUAUCACAAUUGCGGGUGGACGAUGCCCGAGCAGCACUCUCUAGAAGUUUAGGAUAUUGGAAGGAUCUGGCUCCGGAGGACCCCAAAGUCCCAGAUUUCCCUACACGGAUCAGUCUUUCGCGGCUUUUGAUGGAGGUUCAAAUGGAACUUGAAGCGCUAGAAGUCCUCGAGCGUCUGAUCCUGGAGGACGACCACAGUGUCGAGGCGUGGUACCUUGGCGGAUGGUGUCUCCAUUUGCUGGCAGAAAAAGAACAGCCUCCGGCACCUGCGGACGCGGAGGAAUCACCCGCUGAAAGACGACAUGCUUCCCUCGUCGCCAGCCGCGAAUGGCUGAAGCAGAGCUUGAAGUUAUACGAUCUCAUCGACUAUGAGGACGUGAGACUCAAGGAGCAUGCACUUGAGCUGGUUGAAGAACUGAACAAGGAACUAGGGGAGGACAUGGAUGAUGAAAGCGAUGCAGAGAAUCCUCUGGCUGCAAUGGAAGAUGGUGACUGGGAGGAAGAGGAGAUCGAAGUAGUGUCGGAUGAGGACGAGGAUGAGGAUCACGAAAUGGCGGACUCUUAACAAAAGCAUUGCAUGCAUUGAUUUUCUUUCGUAAUUGGGAAUGGGUUUUUGUCAGUGAUACCAAUAGAGGACCGUUUAUAUUUAUCAGAUCUAUCGCUACAUACUUCCAGAAAAGGAAGUAUGCUAGAGCUCUAUGCCAACAGCAUGAUUCGCAGCGCACAUCGUCAGUAGUUCCCUAUCACUAUAGACACUGAUUGCCUCAAGAGUAUUUCAAAAGUAAUUUUGUUCGCCACUCUUCUGUAGAUAAGGUAUUCAGUAAAUCCUGAGAUCUAGUUAACCCAUCAUUGGCGAGACCGGAACACGUUCGGGUAAAUUGAUUAUCCGUGCGGCCACCCGGAGAUGACCAUAGAGCAUGAGAAC